AUGUUGAUGAAUAUGGCAGUACCACUUCGUUUAGGUCACUCAAAAUUGUUCAAGUCUGGACUUAUUAGUGGAUUAUGUAAGUUAAGUCAACAAAAAAAUGUGGCAAAAACACAAGUCGCAUUUAUCACUGGGAAAGUUAUGCGACAAGACCGACCACCUCGUCCAGCGCCUUACGACUACAUGAACAAAGAUUAUUCAUUUUGGGAUGUAUUUUUCGAUCCUAUGGAAGAGAGAUUUGAUGAUAAUACUAAAAUAGUUGUUGUUGAGGGACUACCGGGUGUAGGAAAAGAUAAAUUUGCGCGACAACUUGCUGAAGAACUAGAAAUGUGUUACAUGCCCCCAUACAGCUGGGAUGAAUUUUUAAUCACUCCAUAUGGAUUUGAUAUGAGAAAUCUCAAUCCGAAGCUACCGAUUGACGCGCAGUACUUUGAUUUAAAUAUGUUCCUGAAGGAUCCAAAGGGCCGAAACAGCGCAUCUAUACAGCAUGGAUAUUAUAUGAUGAAAUACCGUCAAUAUAUCAGGGCGUUGCAGCAUCUGUUUUCAACAGGGGAAGGUGUUAUUUUGCAGCGUUGUCCAUGGUCUGACAUGGUCUUCGCCAAUGCAAUGUUCCAGAGUGGAUAUAUAUCUAGAGGUGGUCUCACUUACUACAAUAGUGUGAGAAUCAACAGCCUUUACCAUCUUUACAGACCACAUUUAGUUAUAUACUUGGACGCACAGAUUCAAACGAUAAAGAAUCGUAUUCAAAGAAAUGGAACACCGGAAGAGAAAAGCACGAAAGCAUUCACUACUAAAUAUCUGAGUGACAUUGAUAAAUUUUACAAAGAAAAAUAUAUACCAAGUAUUUCAAGGCAUGCCCAUGUGUUGUUUUAUGACUGGACUGAAGAAGGCGACAUGCCAACAAUUGUUGAUGAAAUUCAACAAUUGGAUUUCGAUAAUUUUGAUAGAGAAACUGAAAAAAUGGAUGAUUGGAAAUUUACAACUUUAGAUGCACAACGGGCAGCGAGAGAUGUCUUUUGUAACCAAGCUGAGGCAUUGACUCACUCAACACUUGUCAUGCGUUAUGAUAUUCCAGACGUGAUUGUAUCAGGACAGGAUCUCGAAAAACACCAUCUUGUAUUAAAGAAACAUCAAGAUACUGAAGGAGGUAUUCAAUACGCACCAGGAUACGAUCCAGAACUCGACAAAGGUGUUUUGUUUAAAACUAAAGAAGAAUAUAAAAUCAGAUAA